UGCUCGGGGCGGCCGCGCGCGCGCUGAGCCCCCCGCGCCCCGGAGCAGGUCACCAUGAAGGCCAAGGCUCUGUGUGGGCUGCCGAGGGGACCACCCAGGGCUGGCACCGGAGAGCCCGAGACAGCCCCGGGCAGGUGUCGGACGCAGACAGGACCCAGCUGAGCCAGGACUUUGGUGGGGGCACCCUGGCCAUCGACACCCUGCCUGAUAACAGCACACGCGUGGUGGAGUACAACCACAACUACUACGUGUCCCGUGUCUACGGCCCCAGUGAGCCCCGCAGCCGGGAACUGUGGGUGGACAUGGCCGAGGCCAACCAGACCCAAGUGCGGGUACACAGGACCCUGUCCAGUGCGCACCGGCAGGCUUCGAGAGUGGUCCUGUCCUUCGAUUUCCCUUUCUAUGGGCAUCCUCUGCGACAGAUCACCAUAGCAACGGGAGGCUUCCUCUUCACAGGCGACGUGAUCCACAGGAUGCUCACAGCCACUCAGUACGUGGCACCCCUGAUGGCCAACUUCAACCCUGGCUACUCCGACAGCUCCACGGUGGCCUACUUUGACAAUGGGACGAUCUUCGUGGUGCAGUGGGACCACAUCUACCUCCAGGGCAGCGAGGACAGGGGCAGCUUCACGUUCCAGGUGGCUCUGCACCGCGACGGCCGCAUUGUCUUCAGCUACAAAGAGAUCCCCAUGUCUGUCUGGGAGAUCAGCUCCGCCCAGCACCCCGUGAAAGCUGGCCUGUCCGACGCCUUCAUGGUCCUCAAUACGGGCCCGGAUGUGCCAGAGUCGCGGCGCAGGACCAUCUUCGAGUACCACCGUGUGGAGCUGGACACCAGCAAGAUCGCCAGCGCCUCAGCCGUGGAGUUCACCCCGUUGCCCACCUGCCUGCAGCACCACAGCUGCGACACCUGCGUCUCCUCUGACCUGAACUUCAACUGCACCUGGUGCCAUGUCCUGCAGAGGUGCUCCAGUGGCUUUGACCGCUACCGCCAGGAGUGGCUGGCCUAUGGCUGUGCCCAGGAGGCAGAGGGCAAGACGUGCGAGGACUUCCGGGAGGAGGAUCUGUACUCAGCUUCCCCCAGUAGCUCGGGCAAUCUGUUGGAUGAGGACGUCACCAUCACCACCACUUCCUCCUCCUUCCUGGUUGACAGUCCCACCACGGAAGAUGACACCAAGCUGGAUCCCCGCGCGGGAGGAGACGGCCUGCGGGACAGCCUGUCCCCGGACACCAAGGGCCGCCCCGUGCACCGGGGCACCAUCGUGGGCAUCGUGCUGGCCGUCCUGUUGGUGGCGGCCCUCAUGCUGGCUGGGAUUUACAUCAGCGGCCACCCCAACUCCAACGCUGCGCUCUUCUUCAUCGAGCGGAGGCCCCACCACUGGCCCGCCAUGAAGUUCCGCAACCACCCCAACCACGCCACCUACACGGAGGUGGAGCCUGCGGGCCUCGAGAAGGAGGGCUUCGUGGAGGCCGAGCAGUGUUGAGGGCCACGAGCAACAACUGGGACGGCAAAGAAGACCGGAAGCGACUUUCCCCGGCUUCCUGCAAGCUUCACUGUGGCCAGGAAGAAGGGACAGGGACGGUGGCUUCAGAUGCUGGGGCCGCAGCUCGGCCCUCACACCCCACUAAGGAGCGGGUGGGAAAGCAGCCCUGUGGUGGAGCUUUGAAAGAACAAGAGUCCGCUCCUGCCGACCUUUGGCCUCUGUGCGGGGCUCCUGCCCUGCACCCCAAUGUGCGACCCGGCCUAGCUAAAGUCUAGGUUGGGGUCCCAGGGCCUGUGGGCUCCAGAGCUGGUCCUCUGCACAGCCCAACCAACCUUGUCCUCUUACCCCGGUGACGACGGGAGCCUGGCACCUCCAAGACAGAGCCUGGUCUUUGACGACAAACAGGGUCCAGGACUCCGUGAGCCCCGCCCCUGCCCCUGCUCGGAGACAGUGGGGACAGGGAGCAGGGACUCUGUACAAGGUCUUGACCUGGACAGCGGCUGCAGGCAGCGCUGCGGGGUGGGAGCUCGAGCUGCCACACUUAGCCCCUGUCCCCUGAGGACCCGGGCUGCCUCUGAAGCACACUGGGCUGAAAAUCUAGAGCUCGGCCUCCUUCGGGUAAAAAGCCUCAGCCACAAAUAAACAUGAAGCCAGUC